ACCAAACCAAUCCAUCAGGCCACCACCAAAGACCAUCACCAUGCUCCCCCAAUACACCAUCCUCGCAAUCCUCUUCGCCACCUCAAUCUUCGCCAUUCCUCUCAAUAUCAACCUCGGCGCCUACUCUCCUGCUCUGGUAGUCGGCGAUGGUGAGAUCUCCUUCGAUUCUACUCAGAAAGCCUCGGAGCUCAUGGCAACCCUUGCCACUGGCGCCGUCACCGCCGGCCAACAAGAGAACACCGGACAACAAGGCGAGACACCCGCUGGCGAGAAAGCCCGCGCGACUCCCGAAGAAGCCAAUAUCCCCGCACCUAAUGUUCGUAGCCCGGAAACUCGCAGCGUGGAGCCUGUCGUCGCUCGUAGUCCUGCCCCAGAUCCAGCACCUGCGCCCGCCCCAGCGCCUGCCUCAGCGGUUAACAUCGCCACCCGCGCUGUCGACCAGUUCGACGCCGUCGACCUCAUCGCUGAAGCCACGCAGUGGAUCAAACGCGAUGUCGCUGGCUUCCGCGAGGCUCUCAACUUCGCCCGAGAGGCGAUGAAGAACAUGCCCAAAGUCGAGCUGGGAACCGGCGCCGAGGGAUCUGGCGUUGGCGUAAUCGUGAACGCUGGAGUCAAUGUGCCGCCUGAGAGUGCCGCGAACGGCGCGCCCCCUGCGGCUGGGGCGAAAGCGAAGAGGGGUGUGGAGGUCAAGGAGAAUGAAGAGCCGAAGAUGACAUUGGUGGCGAUUACGGAGGUGUAAGUUCCGAAGAGGCAUGAGGAAUUUGGGGAAACACCUCCGUUGGACGAAGCGAGAAUGACAACAGGUUCAGAACUUGAGGUGAUGGUAUUUUCUUGGUUCUUGGCGUAAAGGGGGUAUGCUGUGACUUGCUUGGAAACGGGAUCUUGUAUGAGAUAGGAGUGGUGGUUUAUACAUUAUAAGUCUAGCUGCUCUUGGCUACGAUACAAUACCAU